AUGACGCCUGCCCGCACCAUCAUCCUCUUCACCAUCAGUGUUUCUUUUCUGACAUUUGUUGCCUUCUUCGGCCGAUUGCCUGCGUUCAGAAACACGCCGAUUGGCUUCCUCAACAGCCUCUUCCUCAUUCGCAUCCCAUCCGUGCUUCGACAAGUCGAUGCUAAACUCACCAAUGGCCGCAUCACCGACAGUGGUUCCCGUCUGGGCCACUACCUCAUGUACGACAAGCACCCAGUUGUCAUCAUCUUCUUCCUCGGUCUCGUAACUGCAUGUGCAAGCAUGUUCCUCCCCACUGUCUGGCGCCAUCUGCAACUACACCACAAAUGCAUCGCAUUCUUCCUGCUACCCCAGCCAUACCUCUUUGUCUAUCUGAGCGCUAAAAAGAACACCGAGACAUACAUCACCGCGUUCAACCACGCAGAGCAGAUGCGCCACUACCCCUAUGAUAGAAUCCUCUACUAUCCUGGUGUGGAGUGCCGGACAUGCAAGUUUCUGAAGCCAGCGCGAAGUAAACACUGCAGUAUAUGCAAAACCUGCGUCUCCCGAAUGGAUCAUCACUGUAUUUGGGUGAACAACUGUCUUGGCCGUGGAAACUACAAGUGGUUCCUCAUCCUUCUACUGUCCACUGCCAUACUGAUCGCAUACGGAGCUUAUCUUGCUUACAUCACCUUGUCCCCUCAGGUCGCUGCCAAAUUUGCCAAAGGGGCGGCCGGCUACACGUACGUGCCAAAACAGGGCGCUGACCCUUUGAGCUGGAUGACCUACUUCAGUGUGAAGAGCCACUAUUUUCUCGCAUAUUCCAGCGUCUACCUCGACGUUGGCGGCCCAAAAAUAGCGGGAGUCGGUCUUCUCGCACUGCUUACCUGGCCGCUUCCGUUAGGUCUUCUGCUAUAUCACGUCUACCUUAUCUGGGCGGGCAUGACCACAAACGAAAGUGCCAAGUGGGCUGACUGGAGUGAUGACAUGGCUGAUGGUGUUGUCUUUUUAGGGCACAGAAGAGAAGACACAAUGCAGCAACAAUAUCCUACAGCCAGACCCAGUCAGAUCUACGGUUCUACGCAUUCUUCGUCUUCGACAUCUCCUGUUCCAACGCCCCCUGAAACACCACCAGAAGACGAGGAACCACCGACAACCUGGCCGCUGGAAAGCAGACACAUUCUAGUCCGCACGGGUGACGGGCAGCCACCAAUACGAUUGCCGGGUCGCAUCAAGGCCGUUGCAAAAGAAGAUGGCUUUGAAAGAAUAUGGAGUCUUGCUGCCGUGGAGAAUGUGUACGACCUCGGCUUCUAUGAUAAUUUGAGGGAGGUGCUGCUACACUAG